AUGCCUAUUCUAGCACUGCACAAUUUUUAUCUUCACGGUGAAAGAAACUCAAAAGGCGAUGAAGACGAAUGGAGAGAGGAAGCGAAGGAAGAAGAAGAAGAAGAAGAUGGAGAAGGACAAAUGACAUGGGGCUUAGAGGCAGUAAAAAGUCAUCAUUCCUUCUUCGGUUUCUUCCCUUUCUUUAUAAGUUUUCAUCAACUGCAACGAUAG